UCGCUGGCCGCACCGUUGAACGUGUUUCAAAUUCGGGAAAAUGUGCAAUUAGAGAACGCGGGCCUACCUGCCUGUUGUUUGUUGAAAUAGUGAACAGUGUGUGUUUUGGACAAACUCUAAUUUUCCAAUAAAAAGUUAGUGAUAAGUUUGCUGUUACCGUGUGGAAACAUUUCCCAGCUGGAAUUGGAUUCCACUAUGUUCCCGUUCUCCUCGCUGCAGGUCGAGUACAGCAAUUUCCACCGUUCGUCUCAAAUCAUGUCCAACGCACUGAGUAUGACUAACUCAGGCUUCCCGCACUCCUGGAUCGUUUCCGGGCAGGACUUCUGCCCGAUCACCUACUCAUCCAUCCAGUCGCACAAUUCGGCCGUCUCGAACAAUCUGGCCACCGUCGAGCCCGGUCUGAUCGAACUGCGCAAGGAGAAGUCCCGAGACGCAGCACGGUCACGCCGUGGCAAGGAGAACUACGAGUUCUACGAGUUGGCCAAAAUGUUACCCCUGCCGGCGGCCAUCACCAGCCAGCUGGACAAGGCCUCCAUCAUCCGGCUGACGAUCAGUUACCUAAAGCUGAAGGAGUUCAGCGAGAGCGGGGUUCCCUCGUGGAGCAAAGAACCGAUUGGGUUCCAGAACUACAGCGCCCCGCAGUACAGCUACAACGAAAUGUUCGAAACACACUUGGGAACGCACAUUCUACAGUCGCUGGAUGGGUUCGCCCUAUCCACCAGCGUCGACGGUCGAUUUCUGUACAUUUCGGAAACUGUUUCCAUCUACUUGGGACUCUCCCAGGUAGAGAUGACCGGAAGCAGUAUCUUCGACUACAUCCACAAAGGCGAUCAUUCUGAGCUAGAACAUCAGCUGGGAAUCAAAAAGAAUUCCGAGUAUUCGUACAGCUCAUAUCCGGACGAUCCACCGGAGAAAACAGUACUGAAGAUGGCAAAAGAAAGUAAACCUCUGCCCGGGGAGACAUACGAGGGUGAGGACCGGGCAUUCUGCGUCCGGAUGAAAUCCACACUGACGAAACGGGGUUGCCACUUCAAGUCGUCCGGCUACCGGGUUAUCCUGCUGCUGUGCCACCAGCGGAAGCGUAACAACUCCACAGACGAACACAACGAGAAGCAGACUGUGAUUGGAAUGGUGGGCAUCGGAAUCGCCCUGCCGCCACCUUCGCUGCACGAAAUCAAACUGGAGUCGGACAUGUUUGUGUUCCGCACGAGCCUCGAUCUGACGAUCAUCCACUGCGAGAACAGAAUCGCCAGCUUUCUGGACUACACGGCUGACGAGUUGAACGGCAAGAGCGUGUAUCUGCUGUGCCACGGACAGGAUGCCCACAAGCUAAAGAAAAGUCACGCCGAGUUGAUUCAAAAGGGUCAAGUGUUGACACCCUUCUAUCGCAUCCUGAACAAAAACUCCGGCUACUUCUGGAUCCAGACGUGCUGCACCAUGGUCUGCCAGACGAAGAACAUGAGCGAUCAGACCGUUAUCUGCGUCAAUUACAUAAUCACCCGGCCGGAGGAGGAGAACUUGAUUCUGGACAUCUCUCAGAUGCCCAACAUCGGACUGACAGAUUACCACAGUGCCGGUAAAAGUAAUACUGCAUCCAAGAGAGCAACAGCGUCCGCCAUGGACUACGAGUUGGAUGUCAAAGGUGGUGAGCUCGGGGGAGCCCACCCAGAAGACGCAGUUUACCACGACGCUCACAUGAUCGUCGAUCACAAAGAACUUAUGGAGAAAUCACCCCACAAAGGUCAGGUUCUCGGGUUAGGAAUGUUCGGCGACACCAAGAAAGAUCAGCUGGAGUACAAGGAGAAACAUCUGGAGCGUGAGAAGGGUUGCAGUAACAGUAAGCAACUGCGACUGAAAGCGGGCAGCCCUAUGCUGGGAGUUCCAACCAACGAAAACCACGGCAGUAUAGAGAAGAAGACUUCUAACGGUAAGAAGAACAUCUCCAACCGGGCCAGCGUGAUCCGGGUGCUGAACAAAUCGUCCUCGAAAAAGAUCCUGCAGGAAAACCAUUAAAAAAAAGUUGUCAAACAACUUUGCCCUCCAAUAAUUGUUUCCAAUAUUUAAGCAUUAAACCCUAGUAGCUAUUAUACUCAGAAGAAGAAGAAAUUGCUUAGAAGCAUGUAAUCGUAUUUAUUGCUUUUAGCCCAGUUCUACAAUAAUACUCAACAUAAAAAAAAUCUUUAAGCCUAGAAGCCAGCGACCGCUGGCUGGCCGGGAUUAAUCACUCUCAUGACAGAAACCAACUAAUGUAAAUGUAUUUGUUAUUCGCAUCCGUACUCUCUAAGAUAACCAGUACCAGUGUCAGUAUGUAGCAAAACUUACUAUGUAUAUGUCUGUAACAAAUAGAACUUUUAACCUUGUAGCAACUGACUAGUGAAGAUAAUUAGACACUUGAAUAAGUAUUAUGUUUUAGUAUUAUUAAGUAAAUGAGAUAUUCCAAACGAAAAA